AUGUCUGUCUUACAACUAACACUACUUUUGUCUCUUACAAUAGCUUUAACCCCAGCAGAAAGGACUGAGGGUAUAAAGUAUGAACAGAAUUGGAAGGUCUCAACCUCAACUUGGGAAAAAUCUAUAGUUGCUGAGAGCAAAGAAUACAACAGCAUGGUCUGUUCUCUCAAAUGCCAUAAUAGCAAUAAACUCUGCAAUUCUUUUCAUUUUGACAAAGAAUCCAACACCUGUGUAUUGGCAAAUAUAAAGUUUAUGGAGGAUAUACAAGAGGAAGAAUCAAUGCUUGUGUUUUUAAAAGCAGAUGCUUGCCUUGGAUAUGAACCAGAUAAAAAUGAGACAGUGUUUCUUGUUGGAGAUGGAUCAAACAACAGAGCUCAAUCUUACCCAUUUGAGUUCCCUCUGCCAACCGGAUUUUCAGUUUUCAGACAAGGAGGUGUGGCAUUGCUGAAUGGAAUUAUCUACAUAUAUAACUCUUUCACUCAUAAAUGUUUCUCAAAUGUUGGGGGUAACUGGGAAUUACUGACAAAAUGUGUAAACAGACAAAGACAAUAUGCAAGUAUGACAACUGUUGGAAAUUAUAUUAUGAUUUUUGGUGGGUCUCUCGGAAGUAAUACAUUUUUUAAUACAAUUGAACGUUUUGACGGUGUUACUUGGACUACCCUGGCCAAUGGACUGACUUACGCAAGAGUUGCCCAUUGUAAUGUAGCAAUAAGCUCUACUGAAGUUUUGGUGAUUGGAGGUUAUCAUACACCUUAUAAUUAUACAACUUAUAUAUCAGCAAUGGAAAAGUAUGACAUAAAUGGAAAUCACAUUGAGACCCUUCCAAGCAUGGAGUUAGCUAGGGCAAUUUCUGGGUGUGCUGUUUACAAUAAUGAAGUCUAUGUUACCGGUGGAUUAUCUAGUACUUAUAGAACUGGGAUGUCUAGUGUAGAAGUGUACAAUAUACAAGCUAAACAAUGGAGAGCAGCUAAUAAUAUGAAAAGGGUGCGAUGGGGUCAUGAUUUGCAUGUGUUUAAUGGUAAACUCAGGGUAUUUGGUGGAGGAGAUGCAGUGGCAAAAAUAUCAAUGGAAGAAUUUGAUGGAAUCAACUGGAUAGAAGAUAAUACUAAUCUCAGUAAACCUUUUUAUCGAGGUGGAUCUAUUGUAAUUCCAUUAAACUAAACAUGGAUCAACUUGAGUUGAGGAUAAGAACCCUAUAGUUUCUGAUUUUGUAAUGCUAAUUUUAUUAUAUUGUCUGUAUAAGUACUAUCCUGGUUGCCAGCAAGUUAUU